AUGGCGUUAAGGGUACCAGCAAUUCCAUUCACGUUUGUUGCACACACGCUUGGAAUCGCAGCUUUGGUUCUGGUUUUGGUUUGGAACAUACACUUCAGAGGUGGUUUCGCAUGGGAAGCUACAAACAAGAACCUCAUCUUCAACCUCCAUCCUUUGCUCAUGCUACUUGGUUUAAUUAUCUUGGGAGGAGAAGCCAUUAUUAGUUACAAAUCACUUCCUUUGAAGAAACAGGUGAAGAAACUGAUACACCUGGUUCUUCAUGCUCUCGCGUUAGCCCUGGGUAUCAUUGGUAUUUAUGCUGCAUUCAAGAACCAUAAUGAGAGUGGGAUUGCCAACCUCUACAGCUUGCACUCCUGGAUUGGGAUUGGGGUCAUUGUUCUCUAUGGCAUUCAGUGGAUAUAUGGGUUCUUGAUUUUCUUCUACCCUGGAGGAAGUCCUACCCUAAGGAGUGAGUGUAUGCCAUGGCAUGUGGUAUUUGGGCUCCUUGUGUACGUUUUGGCUGUGGCCAAUGCUUCACUAGGGUUCUUAGAGAAGCUUACAUUCCUUGAGAGCUCAGGAGUGGCCAAAUUUGGCUCUGAGGCCUUUCUUGUCAACUUCACUGCUCUCGUCACAAUAUUAUUUGGAGUCUUCGUUGUAAUUUCAGUUCUUUCUGAAGCUCCUGCUCCCAUUGAAGAUGACCACAGCUAUUCAUCUAUAUGA